AUGGAAAAAACUGACAGAGAAACUCAUGAUUUCAUGAACGUCGAGUCUUUCUCUCAGCUUCCUUUCAUCCGUCCAUCACCUCUCAAAGAAAAAGGCAUAAGGCUCUUCGGCAAAGAAUUUGGUGGUGGUGGUGGUGGUGAUUCAGCAGCCAUGAUUUCUGAUGACUUUGACAGUACUAUCGAUGCUUCAGCCGCCACCCAUGAAGAAUCCAAAGAAAUCGGUGAAAGUAGCCGAAAGUUCGAGUGCCAUUACUGUUGCAGAAACUUUCCUACUUCACAAGCCUUAGGUGGCCAUCAAAACGCACAUAAACGAGAACGACAACACGCCAAAAGAGCUCACCUCCAGUCAGCGAUGGUUCAUCGGAGCUUCUCGGAAGCACAAAUGUAUGGCCUUAUGAACUACCACCGCUAUGUCACCACAACCGCCAACCCAUCACCGCCCUACUACCACCAAGCCACCGGCGCCGCAUCAACCAUCACCAACUACAAUCAAAGAUUCUACGGAGGUAACUCCACCUACACAUCUCAUCAAACACCCAUCAAUGGCAGUCCAUUGGCGUUAUGGAGAUAUCCAAAUGCCCAAACAUCAACAUUUAACUAUGACAAUUCGAUCAACAGCUCGUCAUUGAUGUCUUCGAAUGACGGGUUAAGGGCGUCAAGAAUCCCUGCAAGCUCUAGUUAUAUAAAAAAAAAAAGAGUUAAAAGUUAUGUAGAGUCAACAUCUGGUGGUAUCAGUGAUUGUACCCACAGAAAGCAAGAAGAGGAGAAGGAGAUCAGGCAUCUUUGUGUCAUUUCAACAUAUUCCUUGAGCCGGGGAGUUUCCGGAGCAGCAGCAGCAGUAGUAGGUGAUCAAUUCCCACACAGACCAGCAGCUAUUUCGAGGUACCUCCUCAGCUAG